UGUAAAUAAAUACAUAAGUUUUGAAUGUUAAAUAAAUGUUCUCCUCAUUCUUACCCCUAUUUGGGCAAUCAUUUAAAACAUAAUCGUUCAGGCUUUCAACAUUUAAAGGCCUAUUUGUCUACAAAGAGCAGCGAUCUUCUAUCGGGAUUGAUGAUCAUUUGACCCAAGACCUCCAAAACAACUUUCAAAUGCAAAGUUUGAAAAGAACAUUUGAUAUGAUGAUUCAUAGAUUAUUUUGAUUGAGAGCCUCAUAAUAUUUUUCAUACAAUAAUUGAAUCGGACUUAUUGUUAAUCAUAGUACAUAUAUUAAAAUGUAUCAAGCCUUAUUCAGAUACGAUCGAGUUUAAUUAGAUAGGUUGACUUAUUGGACAUAGUCUGUUACAUCUUCCAUAGUGACACGUGAAAACAAUAAAAAUAUCGCUUCUCUUCAAAAAGAAGAGUUUAAGAUGAAAGGUGACCCCGUCAAAUUGCUUAAUUAAACACCUGCCAGCCAUCACAGUACGUAAACAUUGUCGCACUCUGAAGCUAUAUGUCCACGCGUCUAUAAGUAUGCCAUAACGCGAUCAAAGUCAAACUCAGACAAUCCUGUUUUUCGAAAAUGACCACAACGCAAACAAGAGUGGACUUCCAGAGCUUCGACAUGUGGCACGACUACAUGAACCUGAACACGCUCCUGGGGAGCGACCGGCGUCCGGUGGAGCUUGGAGACACACAUGAGCCCACAAAUGAGCCUGUCCAGCAGAUGUACAACAUCCAGACUUUACUCGAUGGGAAGAAAAGGAAAAAAUCCUCAGAGACUAGAUCAAUCAGCAGCAGCAGCAGUCUGUCGGACACGAGCAGCUGCAGCAGGACCUCGGCGGACCUCUGCCGCUUCUGCAGGCAGAACGGGGAAUCUCCUCGGGUGUAUCGGUCCCACGCACUUAGAUCGGACGACGGGAAGGUAACCUGCCCCAUCCUGUGGAGUUACACCUGCCCCAUCUGCGGGGCCAGCGGGGACCACGCUCACACACGCAGGUACUGUCCGCAGGAAAAAAAGCGGAUGGAGACAGAGACGGAGCUACAGGUUUUCAAGUUCUGGUAACUUGACAGACUCAGAUGACAAUAACACAAAAACUGUACAUAAUUACAAAAAGAAAAAAGAAAAAAAAAAUGUUCUGGACAUGUGUUCAGUUUUACCCCCAAAAGCUGAGAAAGACUUUGUUGUAACGAUCAAAAAUGAUUUUCUUGAAGCUUGUUUAUGUUUUAUGUCAAAAUAUGUUUGAGUCCGAGUCUGCUGCAGGCAGUUUGAUCAACAGAGUUCAGCCUGCCACUGUAAAAAAACAAACAAACAAAAAAACAAAACUGUUAAUUAAAAAAAAGCUUCAGUUAUGCACGAGGAUGACUGAUAUGGAAAUAGUUCACGUGCCAAACGGUUUAUUUUGUGUUUGUUUACUAACAGCGAUGGACACACGCGACUUGUUCUGAAAGCUCUAUCAA